AUGAUUUCGACUGAAGCUAGAGGCGCAAAAAGCUGAAGCUUCCUAUAAAAGCCACGCAUGCGUUUAGCAUCCCGUUCAAAUUGUGUUGAUAACUAGCUGGCGAGAGAACAGUGCAGUGGCUUUAUCGGCGCGGCAAAAUUGAUGGAUUUCUUUCUUAAUUUGCCAUAAAUUCGAGAUUAAAAUAAACUUAAAAAAAAAAAUAAUUAAAAUUCUGAAAAAAAACGAAAAUCUAAGAUUCAAAUCGAGAAUCGAUAAUAUCGAUUGUGAGAUAAUCGAUUUUUUAAACGUUGCUAUAUCGUGUGAGAAAAAUAAGCACAAAGUGUAAAUCAAUUCAAAAGAAGUUAAAAAUGUCUGCACGCAUGCGCAACACGUUAUAUAGUGACUUUGGCUUCAAAUUAACAUUGCUGCCGCCAGUUUGGCUAUUGCUGUUUGUGCAACUUGUGUUGCAAUUGGCCAAUGUAGUCGCUGCCAAAGAUUUGCCUGCUAAUUUCGAAAAAUGCAAACGUGAUGAAAAUUUCGAUAAAUGCCUUGUUGAUGCUGUGAACGGUGCAAUUCUGCUGCUCAAGGAUGGCAACAAAGAGUUCGGUAUACCACAGCUCGAGCCACUCACUGUGAAGUCGUUAAUAAUCGAUUCUGGUAAUGCGCCUAUUACGCUGAAGCAGACCUUGAAAAACUUACUCGUACACGACAUGAUCUCCACCAGCAAAGUGCAGCGCUACCGCACCGAUCUGAACAAUCACCUAAUUGUUUGUGACAGUAAAACCGAUCGCAUUGAAAUGGUUGGCGAUUAUGAGAUGUCCGGCCGCAUAUUGCUGCUACCCAUAACUGGUAAUGGCAAAGCCAAUAUGACGCUGAUUAACACCCGCAUCGAACAUCGGCUCAUCGGUGAACCUUUCAUGCGCGAUGGCGUCAAAUAUAUGCGUCUCAAGGAGUACCGCGUCGAUCUGAAUCCCAAGCGUGUCUAUAUGCAAUUCGAUAAUCUCUUCAACGAUCGUUUGUUAUCGCAGACAAUGAAUCGAUUCUUGAACGACAACUGGGAGACGGUUUUCAAUGAGCUGAAGAUUGGCUAUGCGCGUAGCUUUGGUCAAAUUUUCCGUGAUAUUUCGAAUAAGCUGUUUGAGGAGAUACCAUUCGAUUCGAUAUUUCUGAGUUCUUGAAUGCGCGGUGCGUAAAAGAGGGAACUACAUGAGAAGUGGGCAUAGCCUGAGUAUUUUCUUUUAGUAUUUAAUAAAAAUUGUUAAGGCUUAUUAUUUA